AUGGGGGUACAGUCUGCAGACGUGUGCAGUGCAGCCAAAAUGAUGCAGCAAGUGGUUGCUGCAGUUGGCACUCUGUUCUCUGUGGCUUAUUCGGGGUAUUUUUUAACCCACUUGGCACGGCACCUCACGCGUGGAUCCCGAGCAGCUCCUCCUUCGGGCACCAAAGCAGCAUCAGCACCUCCUCUGGCUCCCUCUGCUUGCAAAGAGGAGGCCAAAGAGGAGGAAGAGAGCAGUGAACUUCCCGCUGUUCUGGGAGAUGAGGGCGAACACCCCGCGGUUUGGGAAUACAACGGCGAGGCUCCCGCGGUGUGUGACAAGGACAGUGGACAUCUCCCGGUGUGGGAUGAGGACAGAGGACAUCCUGUGGCUUGGGAAGAGGAGGGUGAACAUCUUCCAGCAUGGGAAGCGGACAGAGAAAGUCCCGUGGCUUGGAAAGAUGAUGAUGAACCUGCAGCAUUUUGGGAAGAGGACGGAGAAGCUGCAGUGCUUUGGGAUGAGGACGAGGAACCUCCCUCUGCUCUUGAAGAAGACACUGAAGCUCCCUGUGCUGCAGGAUCCUGGGCUGAACAUUCUGACAGCAGCACAGCCCUGCAGCCAGAGGGGAGCAGGGAGUGGAGCCUGAUGCAGCUGAGGAACACCGUGAGCGUGGGGGAGCCUGCCGAGAAAUACCUGGAACUGGAGCAGAUUGGCCAAGGGGCUUUUGGAACCGUUUCCAAAGGACUCGACAGGGCCACUGGAGGAGAGGUGGCCAUCAAGAAAAUGAGUCUGAGAGGGCAGAACAGGGAACGAGCUGUGAAUGAGGUCGUGGUCCUGAAGGACAAGAAGAACCCCAACAUUGUCAACUCUCUGGACAGCUUCCUUGUUGAUGGAGAUCUCUGGCUGGUGAUGGAAUACAUGGAUGGAGGAACUUUGCAGGACGUUGUCAGACGGACACGCAUGGCUGAAGGAGAGAUGGCAGCUGUCAGUCAGGAGUGUCUGCAGGGCCUGGAUUUCCUCCAUUCCAUCCGGGUGAUCCACAGAGAUCUGAAGAGCUCCAACAUCCUUCUGGGAAUGGACGGCUCUGUCAAGCUGGCUGAUUUUGGCCUCUGCGCUCAGCUCAGCCCUGAGCAGGACCAGUGCAGCUCCAUGGUGGGCACUGCUCACUGGAUGGCCCCAGAAGUUGUGACCAGUUCUCCUUACGGCCCCAAGGUGGACAUCUGGUCCUUUGGCAUUGUGACCAUCGAGAUGGUGGAAGGAGAACCUCCUUACUUCCAGCAAACGGGGGCCAUGGCUCGCGCUCUGAUCCGGCAGAACGGGACCCCGCAGCUGCAGGAGCCCAGGCGCCUGUCGGCUCUGCUGCGGGACUUCCUCGAGUGCAGCCUGGAGCCGGACGAGGAGCGGCGCUACUCUGCCCAGGAGCUGCUGCAGCACCCAUUUUUGUCAUCAGCCAAGCCUCUCUCCAGCCUGACCCCUCUGAUCACUGCAGCAAAGCAACUGAGGGAGCAGAGGAGGACAUGAAGCACAGGAGGCCAGCUUUUCGUUAUAGUAGUUAGGAAAAGUAGUUAGUUAUGGUAGUUAGCACUGCUAGUUAGUUAGGGUAGUUAGGACAGCCUGUUUGUUAUGGCAGUUAUUUGAAUAAA